GUUUUCCCACCCGGACGGCUUUCAGUGUAGCACGCCGGUAAAACCUGAAAACACAGCAUGCACAUGUUGGGACAGCAGCAGCAGCAGCAGUAAUAGUAGUAGUAGUAGUAGUAGUAGUAGUAGUAGUAGUAAUAGUAGUAGUAAACUAACGUGUAGACUCCUGAGUAGUUGAAAUGUCGGAGGCGUCAGAUGAAGCUCCUCCUCGUCAGAACUGGAUCCUGAUGCAUCCAGCGUAUCAGCAGAUGAAGGACCUGGAGGUCGAGGACAGCGCUCAGCUUCACUCAGCUUUCCUCGUCUACAUGGAUCUAACCGAGGUGCGUCGGUGGAAGGACGUGUCCUGUGUCAAGAGUCCUGAGCUACAGUUGGUGUUGUUAGAAGGGAGAGAGAAGGAUGGAGCCCCCAUCCAGACUGUCCUUCCUCUGCCUGUUCACCGUUCUCUGUGCCACAGAAGCAUACAACACGUGCUGGACAGAGGCUUUCCCAUGCUGCUGUGUGCGGUGGCAUCAGACUCCACGCUAGUCUAUCAGAAGAUGAGUGACGGUUUGGUGACACCUGACCCUCCUGUGGGGCCCUUCCAGGACGCUGGGCGCCGGCAGCACCGAAAGAGACGGCAGCAGCACUGAGCGGCUGGAGCGAUGAGGUGAUGAACCAGAGAAGGACAGAAAGACACUCAUGUGGAAUCAUGUGGAACUUGACAGGUGCAACUGGACUUUUCCAUGGGACACCUGAGGCUAUAGAGGCUGUUAUUCUCUGUCAGUAAAGCCAUUUUCAGACAUGUCCUGUGGAAGAUCUUCAGAAAAUUGGGUCUGGACUUCACAGGUUGCAGCAGGAGGUUCUCCGCUCAGACGCGAUCACAGCAGCAAUAAAUCCUGUGCAGGUCUCAGGUGAGGGGUGGAGCAGCAGGCAGAGGCGGGAUGUCGUGUUUUUAUUCCGCUGCGGAGAUCACAUGAUUUUAUUUAAAGCACCUCAACAAUGGCAUCAGCUCUUAUCACCACAAACUCUCUUGACAUCUACGUCUGGUUUUUCACCCCGAGAUAUUUUUUCUUUUUAUAAAUGUUUGCGUCUCUCGCGCUUGGGAGAGUCAUCAAACCCCCCCCCCCAUUCGCUCACAGUAAAACCAGCAGAGUAUCUCCUGCUGUCUUCUCACAUCAUGUCCUCCGAACUUUCAGCAGACUUUAUACUAGGGGCCAAGCAGAGAAACUCCGGAGCCUCUCACUUGGAAAAUUGCGUUCACGUCUCCGGAGGAUCUCUUGAGUUCAGUGCAUGUCUGAAAGCAGCUUUUGUUGUGUUGAGAAGAAGUCGGCCCAAGAUGAGUUUAUUACAUUAGAUUCAGAUGUACCUUCUAAGUUCUUGGAUGCUCGUUGACCUGCUGUGUUUGUGAAGUUUGUUGUAUUGUAAACAAUUUACAACGUUGAAUCAUUGCUCUGUUGAUGCAGUUGGUAAAGUGACUGAGACUGAUGCAGAUAUUGAUAUUUGAAAGUUAUAUCAAAUGAUAAUGUAAAUAAAAAUGUUGGUUGAGGAUA